UCUAUAAAAUAGAUAAAAUCAUAUCAUUUUUCUGUUUCCUGAUAUAUUAUAUUUUAUUUUACAUAAAUUUAUUUCACUUUUCAAUCACUGAUUAGCUUAUUCUAAAAUACUACCAAUGAGCUAGAACCGAAAAAAAAAAAAAAAUUGACUCGAGUAAACUUCAACGUACCAAAACAAAAACCCUUUUGUUUAUAUUCCCCAAAUCCUCCUCUCCUUUUCUCAUCUUCUAACUUCAAACUUUCUCUAUCUUUCUCUCUCACCUCAUAUUAUGAACUAAAGAUUUCUCUGAAAGCUGACUUCAUAAACUUUUUCUGAAGAAGAAAACACAAAAACGAUCGAUCUUGAAUUGAUUCUUUCUUUGUAAUUUUAUUUACAUAUAUAUAGAUGGGGAGACAUUCAUGCUGUUAUAAACAGAAACUGAGGAAAGGACUUUGGUCUCCUGAAGAAGAUGAGAAGCUUCUUCGUUACAUCACUAAGUAUGGUCAUGGUUGCUGGAGCUCUGUCCCUAAACAAGCUGGUUUGCAGAGAUGUGGAAAAAGCUGUAGAUUAAGAUGGAUAAAUUAUUUAAGACCAGAUUUGAAGCGAGGAGCAUUUUCUCAAGAUGAAGAAAAUCUCAUUAUUGAACUUCAUGCCGUUCUUGGCAAUAGGUGGUCUCAGAUAGCUGCACAACUUCCUGGAAGAACCGACAAUGAAAUCAAGAAUCUUUGGAAUUCUUGUUUGAAGAAGAAAUUGAGGCUGAGAGGAAUUGACCCGGUUACACACAAGCUCUUAACCGAAAUCGAAACCGGCACAGAUGACAAACCCAAACCGGUUGAGAAGAGUCAACAGACCUACCUUGUUGAGACUGAUGGUUCCUCUAGUACCACUACUUGCAGUACUAACCAAAACAACAACACUGAUCAUCUUUAUACCGGAAAUUUCGGUUUUCAACGGUUAAGUCUAGAAAACGGUUCAAGAAUCGCAACCGGUUCUGACCUCGGCAUCUGGAUUCCCCAAACCGGAAGAAACCAUCAUCAUCAUGUCGAUGAAACCAUCCCUAGUGCAGUGGUGUUACCCGGUUCAAUGUUCUCUUCCAGUUUAACCGGUUACAGAUCAUCCAAUCUCGGUUUAAUUGAAUUGGAAAACUCAUUCUCUACCGGGCCAAUGAUGACAGAGCAUCAGCAACUUCAAGAGAGUAACUACAACAAUUCAACAUUCUUUGGAAAUGGGAAUCCGAACUGGGGAAUAACAAUGGAGGAAAAUCAAAAUCCAUUCACAAUAUCGAAUAAUUCGUUACAGAAUCAUUCAAAUUCGUCGUUAUACAGUGAUAUAAAAUCAGAGACCAAUUUUUUUGGUACAGAGGCUACAAAUGUUGGUAUGUGGCCAUGUAACCAGCUCCAGCCUCAGCAACAUGCAUAUGGCCAUAUAUAAAUCUUCUUGUAUAUUAUAAGAGAUGAUGGUGUCGAUCAAAAUCCGGUGGUGUUGGUCAAGAGAUGAGACGAAGAUGAAGACACUGUAAACAAAAUGGUGGUGAUGAUGAUGAGAUCCAGUGACGGAUGAGGAGAUGAUGAGAUCUAAUGACAAAUUUUGUUUAGAUUUAAAGAUAGAUUAAGUAGUUUUGAUUUGAUUUAUGUUUCGAUUUGAACCCUUGGGUUUACUAGAUAGUAUCCCCUAGGGUUUAGCUUCUUUAUUCAAAACACAAUUGAUUGAAUUCAUGGGAUCGGAAAAGAUGUUAGCGGCGGAGGUUUUGUGUUUCGG